CACAAUGAUUGCAAAAAUUACUUCAAAGAAAAUUUCUCAUUUUUUAAAAGGACUAACAUCUUUGUUAAAUGUUUCGAUAUAAGUAAUUUUUUCCCCCUAUAGGAAUAACUGAAUGGAUGUAUCUGUUUGUACAUAAAGACAAUGCAAGAAGUCUUAGCUACUAAACUUCAAAUAAAAAAAGUAUUAAAUAUCAAUAUUCUUGGAUGGGUUUUGCUACUAAGGCAUGGGAGGGGCCAAAGUGUACAUGACACAUGCCCCUCCCCUCGUUUUUCUAUAUCUGCUGACAUUUGCUUCAUAAAAUGAAGUGGGGAUUCCCCAUCACAGACUGGUAACAUAUAUUCAUGUAUAAUGUACAUACAAAUGCAUGUAUACAUCACACAUACUAUAUGUGUAUGCUGUGUUAUAUGGCAUGAUUCUAAGGCUUUCUACUUUCUUAUUAAAAUGAAGUGGGGAUUCCCCAAUGACGAUCACAGACUGGUACCAUAUAUUCAUGUAUAAUCUACGUACAAAUAUACUCAUAUACAUCACACAUACUAUAUGUGUAUGCUGUGUUAUACGGCAUGUUUCUAAGGCUUUCUACUUUCUUCAUAAAAUGAAGUGGGGAUUCCCCAAUGACGAUCACAGACUGGUAACAUAUAUUCAUGUAUUAUCUACAUACAAAUAUACACAUGUACAUCACACAUACUAUAUGUGUAUGUUGUGUUAUAUGGCAUGUUUCUAUUGAAGGCUUUCUGCUUUUGUAUUUGUGUGAAAGUCAUACAAUUGUAAAUGAUGUACCGAUACAUUAAAACUGGCAUACUGUACUGUAUUACUGAGGUAAUGAGAACAUCUACACAAAUGUAGGUACUUUCUAUAGUUUUCUAGGAAAAAGAAGUACUACUCAAAACAAUGGCUCAGCAUAGCACAGGAGGUAAUCUUGCAAACUUACUCCCAGAGUGUCCAAUAUGCAUGGGCAUAAUGCGUGGCGCCAGAUUGCUGAACUGUGGGCAUACCUACUGUCAAGAUUGCCUGGAAAAAGCAGUGCUCAGGAGCCCUGCACCACACAGAUUACUGGUAUGUCCUGAAUGCCGCACAGAGAUGGCUCUAGGAGAGGACGGUGUGAAUGGUCUCAAAAGGAAUUUCAGCCUUCAGACUAUCAUUGACAAGUAUGACAACAUGACGCUUUCUCAGAAAGAAGAGACUUCAAGACAAGAGGCAACUGAGCCAACUCCUACAGAAGAGAAGUACACAGUCAAAUGUGAAAGACAUACAAAUGAGGUAGCAUAUUUCAUCUGUGAAACAUGUUGGGGUACACUGAUCUGCAGGGUAUGUACUGAAGGAGAUCAUUUUAAGCACCACUUUGUCAGCGUCAAAGGCAAAAGUGACAAUCUUAAGGCUUCACUGAUGGAAAUCAUCGAACAACACCAGAAGCUGACAGCACAGGUGAUUGGGAGAGACCAGAGCCGAGCUGUAGAUUCAAUCGCCUGCAACAUUCAGCGUCUCGAAAAUGAAGUGAAACAAACCGCAGCAAAGAAGAUCCUUGCCCUUCAGAAAGAAAAAGACAAACUGAUUCGUCUCGUACAACAUAUUGGACAAGUAAUGGAAGAAAGGACAAACAACAUGUACUAUAAUGAGAAGCCCAUUGAUAGUAUUGUUGAAAUGGUGGUUCGUGACAAUGAGUACGAUAUCACAGCAGGCUACCUUGAAGCAAUGGGGCAUCUGAAGAUGUCACUAGCUGAAAUGAAAGAAAAGAUGAGUUCCAGCAUCAUGCCUGACGUAGCAAAAUGUCUGUCAUUCAAAGAGGAGGGUAGCAGAUCUACAGAUACCAAACUGUGUGAUUUAGUGCUGUCCAAUACAUGUUGGAAACCUGCAACAACAUACGUUGACAUUAAUGCCAUGGGAAACAUAUUAGCCCUCUCCUGUGGUCCAUUGGGGGACUGGUACGUACUGUGUUCAUCAGGGAGUAGCGGACAAGCAAGAGGAGAAGAGAAGAGCGUUUGCUUAAGGCAGUUGUCAAAUGAUGGACAAUGUAAGAGGGUAAAAACCUUAAACCUGAAAGCAAAACCGUUGGACAUUGUCUUCACAAAAUCAGGACAAUUGUGCAUCUUGUGUCUCUGCAACAAUGUAUUGUGCCUAGCCACUGUCCAACACCUUUCAAAGACAUCAACUGUGAUGAAACCACUUCAGGUAAAGGACUUGGUGAAUGAGACUCUGAAGGUCACUGCCAAUCAUCAAGACCAAGUGUGUGUCCCUGAUAAGAAUGGAUGUGGCAUCUGGAAAAUCAAUGUGAACAACGGGACUGGUCAAAAGUUCAGCAUGGAUGACUUCCCUCAUCCUGUGAAUGCUGCUAGCUGUGGAACAAGCAUCUACUGCAUCACUGCAGAGAAGCAGAUCAUCCAGAGGCAGGGAUUUCCUAGUAGCGUUCCAACUGUAUGUGAACACGACAUCAAAUCUGGUGAGCCUGUACAACUGUUGGUUGAUCCAAAGACCUGCACACUCUUGGUCGUCCACCAAAGUGUUAAUACAGACACCUCAAACUUUGAGCUGAACAUUCAUCAACUUGGACGCUCCAAACCCGUCGUUAAAGCUCUCAAUGUGAACUGGGUUCCCUCGGUUAUGAAGGUGGAUAUCAAUCAGAAAGGUAAUCUUACCAUACUACUAGCAAAGGAGCAAAGUGGCAUGAUCGUGGAGUAUAAACGUGAAAAUCUGCCAUCACUUCAUGACAUUCCAGGCCUCCUCCCUCAAGAAUAAUUGCACUCACAUGGCUGUCUACGAUGUCAUCAAAGCUGGAUUCUGUUCCGCCGUCCAGUACAUUGCUUGGAAGCUGGAAGGAAGUAGCUCCUGCCUUGCUGUCGCUGAC